CUCCCAUAAAGCCGGGGUCCGACCCGGCCAGGUCCCAGUGCGGGGUCCCCAGGGAGGAUGAUGAUGAUGAUGAUGCUUGCCGUGUGCCUGCUGCUGCUGCUGGGCGAUGUCACCGUCGUCCCCUCGGAAGGAUCUGCCUUCGACAAACACCUGUACCACAGCCGUGUGCGCGGGAACAAGCAGGGACCCAACGUGUGCGCCGUGCAACAGAUCGAAGGCACCGGCAAGAAGUACUACUCCAGCUGCAAGCAGUGGUACGCGCGGAAGAUCUGCGGGCAGCCCACAGUGGUGACCUAUGACUGCUGCCCGGGAUACGUGAAGGUGGACGGCAUAAAUGGCUGCUCUGCAAUCACACCCAUGGAGAACGUCUACAAUACCAUGGAGUACGUGGAGGCCAUGUCCACACAGAGCUACUUCAACAUCUCUGGCCUGAGACCCAACGUGGAGGCCUCCGGGAUCCACACAGUCUUCACGCCCAGUGACGAGGCCUGGGAGGCUCUGUCUGAGGAUAUCAGAGAGGCUCUGGUGAGCAAUGUGAAUCUGGAGCUGAGGAAUGCCCUGAGCUACCACAUGGUUUCCCGGCGCCUGCUCACAAGCGACCUCCGAGACGGACUCGUCCUCACCUCCAACUACGAGAACCAACCGCUUUUCAUCAACCACCACAGCAAUGGGGUGGUGACAGUAAACUGUGCUCGAUUAAUUCGUCCAAACUUCCUGGCCACAAAUGGCGUGGUUCAUACGAUCGACAGAGUCAUCGUUCCUGUCUCAAACCGCAUCUCUGAGAUUGUGGAGUUUACCGCUGAACUGGAGUCACUGAAGGUCUUGAUGGAGAAGGCUGGGAUGAUGCCCCUCCUGUCAUCCGAGGGGCCCCUUACGCUCUUUGCUCCGACAAAUGAGGCCAUAGAGAGGGUUCCAAAGGAGACAAUGGAUCGCAUCAUGGGCGACCCCAAAACCCUCAAGAUGGUGCUCGAGGGCCACAUGAUGCGCUCUGUGAUCUGCUCCGAGUCGCUGCUGGGAGAGGACGUGGUGCUGCCCACGGCCGGGGGGGCGCCCGCACUCGUCGCAUCGUGCCAGGGCUCCUCGAUCCGCCUGCGCAGGGGCGGCGAGGUGACGCGGCGUGACAUCGUGACCACCAACGGCGUCGUGCACCUCAUCGACCACCUCGUGCUGCCCGACUCCGCCAGGGACGUGCUGGAGGUGGCGGAAGACAGUGGCGUCAAUACCUUCAUGGAUCUGCUCGAAGAGUCUGGGGCAAAGGCCCAACUCCAGCACGAGGAGAGCUACACCCUGCUCACAGUCAAGGACAGUGCCGUCACUGAGUCUUUCACUGCGGACAGGGGAGAGAAGCUGAAGCAAAAGAUGCUGGCGCAUGUGGUGCGCGGGCGCUACCUCUCCGACCGCCUCUUCAACGGCCAGCGGCUCGAGACGCUCGCCGGGGGGACCCUCAGAGUGUUCAUCUACCACCGGGCUCUGUGCAUCGAGAGCUCGUGUGUGGACACCAAGGACAGGACGGCGCGCAAUGGGGCUAUCUUCAUCCUCGACAAACCCCUGCCCCCCCCUCCCCGCAGCACCUUAAUGAACAUGCUGGAAGCAGACACUCGAUUCACGAUGCUGGUGUCGCUGCUGCGUACGGCGGGGUUUGCGGAGAAGCUGUCAAUGCCAGUAGACCUCACGAUCUUCGCUCCGACGAACGAGGCCUUCGGGACCCUCCCCGUCGCCGAGCUUGCUCGCCUCAGCCGGAACUCGAAGGAGCUACAGGAGUUGCUCUUGAGCCACGUCAGCUCGGGGAUCCUCGUGAGAGGGGGCCUCAUCCCCAUCGGGACCAACCUGGUGAUGGCGCUCAGCGGCGUGAACAUCGACGUCACGCAGAAAGGUGGAGUGAUGUCCAUUAACGAAAAGCAGACGGUGAUCGAGGCCGACAUUAUGGCCACAAACGGUGUCAUACACGUUAUUGACGGAGUGCUGGGCCAGAGACCGUCGCGCCGGCGCCAUGCCCUCGUGAACUUCGGCCCCGGUGCCCCCUCGGGCCUCGAGCUCUACCGUCGCCUUACCCACAAGCCCCUGCACUGGAAACGCCCAGGGCACGCUGUGUCCAGGAAGAGAUUGCGUGGCUUGGUGGCAAAGUCCUCACUUCGGAAACAAGCUGGCAAAGUGGAAACACACGGCCACGACUCGUUUGUGGGCAUGUGACAAUGGACAACGUGGCCUCUCGAGUCAAAGAAUUGUCACGAUUCAUUAUCUUUUUAACACAUUGUGCAAAUGUGGCACCCUCCAGUAGCUACAGGGGUCAUACGAAUCCAUUUAAUUGAUUCCCACAUGCACAAUUUGAUGCAUGUGCUGCGAGUGAAAAAAAUGUAUCUUAAUAAAUGAACCAGUGCAUCCUUAGGGUGUGAUUUGGACACUAGUGAAGGUAGUGCUGUGGUUAGUGAUUAUUCUAUGGUUAGCAUGACUGUAGUGAUGGAGGUAGUGUUGGUGUUACGGUUAGGGAUAUGGUUACUGUUUCGGGUCAGGUAUUCAUGUUUGGAAUAGGGUUCUUGUUAGUGAUAACAAUUGGGCUAAGGUUAAAGAGAUAGUUCAUUCUAGGGAGAGAGUGAGAGAUUCAUUUAAUUCUAUGGGGUUCAUGUUAGUGACAAUAUUUGUGCUGGGGUUAGAGAUAUGAUUCAUAUUCUUGGUUCUUUCGGUAAAGUCACGUGACUUUACCGAAAGAACCAAGAAUAUGAAUCCCUGCAGUCACGAAAGCUUUAAAUGAAGAUAUGAUUAGUGUUAGAGAUAGUGGGAGGGUUAAUGCUAGAGACAGGGUGUGUGGUACAGAUAGGGAUAAGAUUAUUGUUAGACAAAGUGUUAGAGUUAUGGAUUGUGGAAGGAAUAUGAAUAUCAUGAUACAGUGGUGGAAUCAGUGACUCUAAGCAGUGUUCGUGAUUGGAGUAGUCUUAUCGUGAAAUGAUUAGUGUUAGAGUUAGAGCUAGUGUUAGUGCCAGGGAAACGAUGAGUAUUCGUGUCAACAUUCAGGAUAGGGAAAGUUAUGGUUUAGGAUAGGGUUUGUGUUGGAGUUAGAAUUAAAGUUUGAGUUAUUGUAGAGCAAAUUCUCAAAAGACUAAUACGGCCAAUGUUAAUGUUAGUGGUAAGGAUAGGGUCGGCCCAAGUCAACUUAUAAAAUCACAAUAUUUGAUUUAAAAAAAUCCCUCAUUGGUAAUUGUUUCAGACAUAUUUUAUGCUUACGUGCAAUCAAGAAACAUAAAUAUCAGCUGUUUCCAUUAAAAAUACUGCAAAUAUAACCUUAAAUUUGACCUCGGUGUACAUCGUCCCAUUUAUUAUCUUAGCUCAGGUCCGCUCUGCAAAUAAGCCCUCCCUAUUUUCAUUGGGCUCUCAUAGCUUUUCACUUUUCAAGCAUAACAUUUAAAGUUAACAUUUCAAAAUAUAAAGGCUUUGGCAACUACAUAGUAAAUGUUUACUUGUGUGUAUCAUUUCUUUUUCUUUAUCACAUUUAAUCUCAACAAAAAACAUCAUUUUGUGCAUGUGUGUUUGUGUUGUGUGCGAGUCUGGACCCGUGUUGUGAUGUUUCGCGUGCUGCACCACAUUUCAAGCCACGCAAUGAGAUGACAUCGCAUGGUAAUGUGACAAAACAAUUGAACAAUUUAACUCGUUUUCUCAGUGUUAAAUCCCUAAUAGCGACACAACUCCAUACCACAAAUUGGUUCGUAUCGCAUAAUUGUGUUCUUUAUCGUGAUCCUGAGCUAC